AUGACUGUCGUCACCGACGCCAACCGCGACAAGGUCAAGAUCUGUAUUGACCGAGGAGGCACCUUUUGUGAUGUCAUUGCUCGCAGCAGGGACAAGGGUGACUAUCUCGUCAAGCUUUUGUCUGUCGACCCCCAGAAGGAAGGUGUCCGUCGAGUCCUUGAAUGGUUCACAGGCAGGGAGAUUCCUCGCGACGAGCCACUCGACACAUCGGAGAUCGAGUACCUGCGCAUGGGUACCACGGUCGCGACCAAUGCUCUGCUCGAACGCAAGGGUGAACGCUGCGCGUUUGUGACCACCAAGGGCUUCAAGGACGUCUUGGACAUUGGAACCCAGUCCCGCCCUCACCUCUUUGACCUGGCGAUCAAGAAGCCUGAUGUGCUGUACUCGAGCGUUGUGGAAGUCAGCGAGCGUGUCGCCCCCGAGUGGGAAGACUUUGGAGAGAAAGGGAUGCCCGAGGAGUACGCAUCCACAGGGCGGGUGGUGGGGGGUGUCAACGGUGCCCCCAUGCGCGUGCUUGAGGAGCUGGACGAGGCUGCCGCCAAAGUCUCCCUGCAGUCGCUGUAUGACAACGGCUACCGCUCGAUUGCCAUUGCUCUGGUCCACUCCUACCUCUACCCUGUCCACGAACUGCGGGUCGCGGAGCUCGCCAAGGUCAUCGGCUUUGAACAAAUCUCGGUCUCGUCGAGCCUCCAGGCCAUGAUCAACAUUGUCUCCCGCGGCGGCUCCUCGACAGCUGACGCCUACCUCACCCCCGAGAUCAAGAGGUACCUCCACGGCUUCUCGCAGGGCUUUGCUGGUGGCCUCGACACCCACUCCGACUGCCGCGUGAGCUUCAUGCAGUCCGACGGCGCUCUCUGCGACCACCGCAAGUUCACCGGUCUCAAGGCCAUUCUUUCCGGUCCAGCUGGUGGUGUGGUUGGUUUCGCCAAGACCUCGUUCGACCCUCUGGACGGCUCUCCUGUCGUCGGUUUCGACAUGGGUGGCACGUCCACCGAUGUCUCACGCUUCGGUGGCUCGUACGAACACGUCUUCGAGACCACUACUGCUGGAGUUACCAUCCAAACACCUCAGCUUGACAUCAACACUGUUGCCGCCGGUGGUGGCUCCAUCCUCACUUACCGCAAUGGUCUGCUCGCUGUUGGGCCAGAGUCUGCCGGCGCCCACCCAGGUCCGGCUUGCUACCGCAAGGGCGGACCGCUCACCGUUACCGACGCCAACUUGUUCCUCGGCCGCAUUCACAUUGACUCGUUCCCCAAGAUCUUCGGUCCGACUGAGGACAUGCCCCUUGACUACGAGAUCGUCAGGACCAGGUUUGAGGCGCUUACCAAAGAAGUCAACGCCGAUGGCAGCAACCUGACCCCUGCCGAGGUUGCUGUGGGUUUCUUGAACGUCGCCAACAGUGCCAUGGCCCGUCCCAUCCGCGCUCUCACUGAGCAGAGGGGAUUCCGCACGAGCGCACACAUCCUCGCCUCGUUCGGUGGUGCGGGUGGGCAACACGCUACCGCCCUUGCUCAGGUCAUGGGCAUGCAUACCGUCAUUGUGCACAAGUACUCUUCCCUGCUUUCGGCAUUUGGGAUGGCGCUCGCCGACGUUGCCGUCGACCACUCGGAGCCCUUCAACCAAGAGUAUCAGAUCGGUGCCAACGAUGCCCUAGAGACCCGCUUCAAGGCUCUCGAGGAGUGUGGCCACACCGAACUUCUGGCCCAGGGUAUCCCAGAGGACGCCAUUGUAUUCGAGCGCUUUCUGAACCUCCGCUACCGUGGCUCCGACACACGCCUCAUGAUCCGCCAGCCCAAGUCGGGCGACUAUGCGUCCGAGUUUAUCACUCAGCACUUGCGCGAGUUUGCUUUCAACCUGGACGCGCCCAUUGACAUCGAGAACGUUCGUGUCCGCGCUGUCGGUGCUGGAGAGCAGGACGCCAUUGAAUCUCCCUUUGUCAAGGAGCGCGCAUCCCUAACCAAGGUUCCCGUGGGCAAGGAUGCCCACUUCGCCAACAAUGAGGUCUUCUUUGAGGAGACCGGCAAGUUUGUGACCUCACCGCUUUACCGCCUCGACACUCUCGUCCCGGGCACUACCAUCCAGGGCCCUGCCAUCCUCCUGGACAAGACGCAGACUAUCCUGCUCCACCCUCAGAACAUUGCCGAGAUCCUCAGCAACAGCGUGUUCAUUGACGUCGGUCUGGGAGCCCACAAGGAACUCGACCCCACUGUCGUGGACCCCAUUCAGCUGUCCAUCUUCUCGCACCGCUUCAUGGGUAUUGCUGAACAGAUGGGCCGAGCCCUCCAGCGCACUGCCAUCUCGGUUAUGAUCAAAGAGCGUCUGGACUUUAGCUGCGCCAUCUUUGGGCCCGACGCCCAACUUGUGGCCAAUGCCCCCAACGUGCCGGUCCACCUGGGCUCAAUGCAGUACGCCGUCGAGUUUCAGGCCAAGCACCGCAAGGGACAGCUCCGCCCCGGUGACAUCCUUAUCUCCAACCUCCCAGCGGCGGGAGGCACUCAUCGCCCCGACAUCACAGUGAUCCAGCCUGUGUUUGAGAAGGGCAGCGACUCUGAGAUUGUGUUCUGGGUCGCCGCUCGCGGCCACCACGGUGACAUUGGUGGUCUCGAGGGCCAGUCGAUGCACCCCGAGUCGGUCGAGUCGUGGCAGGAGGGUGCUGGAUUCCUGUCCGAGUUCCUCGUCCGUGACGGCGAGUUCAACAUGGAAGGCAUCACCAGCAUCUUUAAUGCUGCUGGAGAGUUCCCCAACUGUCAAGCCUCCCGUAUGCUGGAAGUCAACAUUUCGGAUCUCCGCGCCCAGUGCUCGGCCUGCGCUGUCGGUUGGUCCCAGAUCCAGGAGCUCUUUGUCGAAUAUGGCAAGCCAGUCGUCCAGCAGUACAUGGGCGCCAUUCGCACCAACGCCGAGCUGGCUGUACGUGCCUUCUUCCGCGAGCGUACAACGACCCCUCUCAUUGCCGAGGACUACAUGGACGACGGGUCCAUCAUUCGCCUCCGCAUCGAUGUUAAGGAGGACGGCACGGCCUCGUUCGACUUCACCGGCACCACCCUCGAGUCGUACUCCAACCUCAACACUCCGGCGGCCGUGUCGCGCUCUGCCAUCAUGUACUGCCUGCGCACUCUCAUCGGCACCGACAUGCCCAUGAACGCCGGUGUCCUGGCUCCCGUCACAGUCACCAUCCCCGAGAACACCCUUCUCAACCCUAGCAGCCACGCUGCCGUCAGCUCGGGUAACACCGAGACAUCGCAGCGUGUGGUUGAUGUCAUCUUCAAGGCCUUCAAGGCUUGCGCCGCUGGUCAAGGUGGCAUGAACAUGUCUGGCUUCGACUACGGCAAGUACUACUAUGGCGAGACCAUCUGUGGUGGUGCUGGUGCUGGUGAUCAUUGGAACGGCCAGUCCGCCGUCCAUGUCAACAUGACCAAUACCAGGAUUGGCGAUGUUGAGAUCGUCGAGAAGCGCUUCCCAGUCAUCAUCAAUGAGUGGUCAAUCCGUCGCGGCUCGGGCGGUAAUGGCAAGUUUAUCGGUGGCGACGGCGUUGUCCGCGAGUACAAGGCUCGUGUCCCAAUGCGCGCCUCGCUCAAUGGUGAACGCCGUGUCACCCAACCCUACGGCAUGGCGGGCGGCUCUCCCGGUGAGCGUGGUGCGAACUACUGGCAGCGCACGUCGAUCAACGGGCAGACCUCCCGCCGCGUUAAACUCAAGCCCGCCUCGGCGUUCGACAUGGCUGCAGGCGACUCUGUGGUCAUCAACACUCCCGGUGGUGGGGGCUACCUCCCACCGACGGAGGGUGAGGCCCAUGGCGCUGCCACCGUCCAACCCAAUGGUACCAGCUACCCUCGCGCGAACGGUAGUGUGGCUCAGUGGCAGUCGCUGCAAGAGACCACUGGCUAG